AUGGCUAUCGAGGACCGCUCAGCGAAUAUGUACAACACGAUCACCCAGCGUUUGGAGGUCGUGACCGCCGACCGUAUUAAGAACAAACUUCUUGCUGGAAACAAUGUGAAGGGUUACUGGGGGACUGCCCCAACUGGUAAACCGCACAUUGGGUAUCUGGUACCUUUGGUAAAAGUUGCGGAGUUUGUGGCUGAGGGCAUUGAUUUCACAAUCCUCAUCGCCGAUUUAUAUGGCUUUCUUGUUAAUUACGAUGUGUGCCUGGAAACUGUCGAGUACCGAACGCAGUACUACACCUCCCUUAUUACCGCUAUCCUGAAAUCCCUUGGUGUUCCCACCUCUAAGGUGCGUAUCGUGCGGGAAUCAGAGUACAGCAUGACACAACCAUUCUGCAAGGACAGCAUGAGGAUGUGCUCUGUCGCUUCGCUGGAAGACAUUAAGUUAGUCGGACUUGAGGUAACCAAGACACCAAUGAUGAGCCCUUUGCUGUGCCCCAUCCACCACGCUCUGGAUGAGGUAUACCUUGGAUGCGAUUUCCAACUGGGGGGUCUAGAUCAGCUUGGUUUUUUCGCAUUCGCCGACCGGUGCCUUCCUCGGAUCGGCUACGAGCCUGUGUCGCAUCUGGCUGCCGCUAUAAUUCCUGGCUUGACAACUGAAAAGAUGUCUUCAUCAGCCCCGGCUGAGACAAAGAUCUCAUUCUUGGACCCCAAGGAUAUUGUUGACAAGAAAAUUGCCGGUGCUCACAUCAGGCAGGGCGAUAUUUCCGCAAACGCAAUCAUGGCAAUUUUCCAACAUAUCAUCUUCCCUCUGCGUUUGCUGGGUAUUCCUACUUCUACUAUGAUAGAAGUCCGCCUGCUUAAUGGCUCGAUUAAGCAAUAUCGUUCCUAUGAGCUUCUGGAACUCGACUUUUUGAAAGGCGUGACUGAUCAGGCUAGUCUCCGGUCCAUAGUUGCAGAGACGAUUAAUCAGAUUCUGGAGCCUGUCCGAGAGCAGUAUAAAGCCGAUGCAGAGUGGCGCUUAGUGGAGAAGCUCGCAUACGCCGUAUGUUAG